GGACCCUUCCGCAGGCUGCGAAUGACAGUUGUCGCGCGGCGGCGUCUCUCGAGGCCUCCUCCUCCUCCUCCUCCUCGCCCCGCCCCCGCCGGAGCCAGCCGAGUUAGGGAGGCGGGCAGGCGGGCGGAGUGAAGCCGAACAUGGCGGCUGUGACGGCGGCGGGUGCUGCGCUGGCAGCGGCCCGUGGGGAGGGGGCAGCGCAGCAGCAGCAGCGGCCGCCACAACAACAGCAGCAGCAGCAGCGGCCGGCAGAGCUCGCCUGAGGAGAGCGGCCGAGUGAGCGCAGCUUCUCCGCCCCAGCGGCGCCUACCCUCCCCGCGUCCCUCGCGCCCUGCCCUGCCCUCUUCUUGUCUGAAGAGCGGCCGAGAUGGAGGUGGUCGGGGCCGGGGAGGAGGGCGAGGAGCCCCCGAAAGAGGUCCGGAUCCUUGGCUCGGAGCUGGUGGAGACCUACACGGUGAGGCGGCGGCGGCAGGAGGGGCGAGGAAGGGGAGGCGAGGUCAGGGCGGUGGUGGGUUUCUUUUUCUCAAAGGGAAGAGUUCAAGUCUUUCCCUGGGUCCCUCAUCCCUCUCUCGGGGAAAAGGACGGGAAUCUCCUGAUCAUGAUACACGUACACACGCACUGUGUAUCUGUAUCGUGGGAAGGGGGAAUAACGAUGCGGGGAUAAAUGGGGAGCGGGUUGGAGAAAACCUGCUAAAGAGACGCUUUCUUGGUGCAUCCAGAUCCGAUAUUGCCCUGUUGGGAAACGAUUGCAGGCUUCAUCGGGUCUGUGUUAUGGUUGUGCGCUUCCGAGUUACACAGAACUCUUCCUUGGGCGGGAACACUUAACUCCGAAAGCAAAGAAAUAAAAUGCAUGUGAGAGAGCAAAGGUGGUGUUGGGGCGGGGGAGAACACUCCAGCCAUGAACCAUCUUCCCCAGAGUCUCAUCUUUCUAGCAUUUGUAGAACCAGAGAAAGGAGGCAAAAUGUGCUUAUAGGUUCUUUUUUGUGAGAAAUUAGCCCUCUCUUCCGCUUUUUAGUGUUUUACAUCCCCGCGCCCCCCCCCAAUCCUUUGGCACCCAUGUGAGGGAGGCCAUAGAUGUUGUUGUCUCUCUUCAGGUUGAGGUUUAAAAUACUUGCCUUCGAAAUGGGUAUGCCAAAUGAAAAACCAAGUUCUGGUAUGAGCUUCAUUUUAUUCUGCCCUCUCACUUCAUGGUAAACAGAUACAAAGCAUCCUUUAGAAACUGGCCCAAACGCAUGACCUAACAUAUAAUACAUUUGGUAUGUUGUUUUUUAAAAUAAUAUGCAGAAGGGAUGUGGCAAUGGGCAAGGGGACAUUUUUCCAGUCUGGAUCAAAUUCAGUGUAUGAUAAUCUUACGCAACUGUUAAAACUAUGAAAUGCUUCUCUUUCUGAAUGGUGGGGUUAGAGGAGAAGAUGCUUUGAUUUGCAUUACACUAGUUGUAGUAAUGUUCUUAUCAAUACCAAUAAACUUUUUAUACAGAGUUGUCUGUAUGGACAAGUACAUUACAGUUACCUUGCAGCUUUAGAAGCCAACCCAGAAUCUUACCAUUGAAACAUCUCAAACUACUUGGUUACAUAAAUGAAAAUGGGUGUGCCUCCUAGUUUUGUUUUAGCUAAGCCAUUCUCUUAGAUGAAGUCUUGAGCCAUUCUCAUCAAUGAAUUUUGUAGUGUGAAAACAGAUUUCUAAACCUGUUUAUGCCUAUUUUAAUAGUAUGAAGGGGUGAGAAUACAUGGCACCACAUUGGUUUAAAAGUGAUAUAUAUGUCCCAUUUCUAAUGCUGCAUAGAUGCAGGCCUUGUUGAUUGCAUUUUUAAUACGUAAAGUGUAAAAAAAAUCAGGGUAUAAUGGAAAUGAUUUACAUAAUGUGAGAUACUUGGCAGAGAUAGAACUGCAGUGUGAGAGUUUUGAAAAUAUUUUCCCCCUUGAGUACACGGGCUAGCUAAAAUAAGAGAGAAGGGGGAGAAAGCAGUCUAGAUAAAGUACUUUCAAAAUGUAAUUCUUUUGAUCUGUGUGCAGAGCAGAUAAUGAUAUUAUAGUGACUAAUCCAGCCAAAAUUAGGCAAACAGUCCUCCUCACAGUGCUAAUUUUGGCUUGCGCCUUGUUUGUUAGUGAAUACUUUUAUUUGCUGGUUCUACCCAAUGUAAAACGAAGAGAGACUGGUAGGUCGCCUACCACAGCAACCUCAUGAUAAUAAUAAGGAAACCAUAGACAGGAAAUAUGUUUGCUGAUGAAGUAGACUGUAGUCCAAAAGAGCAUAUGCCAUAAUAAAUUGGUUAGCCUUUCAAGAUUCCUUUUGGGUUUUGUUGUUGUUGCUGCUGCUGCUGCUAUAGACUUGAACGCCUGCCCCUCUAAAAAUUUCACUCUCAUAAUUCUCCCUCUAAAAAAUUAGUAACUGUGUGGCAGCUCUCCACUUUUGUAAGAUACAGUGGUACCUCUGGUUGCGGACGGGAUCCGUUCCAGAGCCCCAUUCACAACCUGAGCAGAACGCAACCCGCGUGUGUGCAGGUCGCGAUUUGCUGCUUCAGCGCAUGCGCGUGAUGUCAUUUUUGAGCGUCUGCGCAUAUGCGAGCAGCAAAACGCCGAAGUAAUCCUUUCUGGUACUUCCAUGUCGCCGUGGGAUGCAACCUGAAAAAGCUCAGCCUGAAGCAAAUGCAACAUGAGGUAUGACUGUAAUGGACUUGCAGUGUCCCAGGUAACUUAUGAUGAUGGGAAAGGUACUAGACUUGGCUUUGGGAAACUUGCAGCGUUUUUAUUUGUGAGAGCGACCAAUGAAUAUCCUUACACAACUAUAUAAGUAAGCAAAGUAAGCUAUACUUUUCCCUGCUUAAGAGUCAGCAGUGUCUGGCAGCCAUUACAUCAAUCCCUACCCUCUCUCAGAUCUACUUUCAUCCCUAGUAACACAGUUCAGUAAGGGUGCAGCCCCAUGGCCCCUUGUCAGAUCUACUUCUUUGAUAUCCAAGAAGUCAGCUCCUCCAACUGCAGUGGCUUAGCGUGGUUUGCCAGUGCCCAGGGCAAGGCAAGUAUUGAGCCCCCUAACCUGUAGGAAGAAGCAAUCAUAUAUCACAGUCAAGGAAAAGUUUGAGGAGCCCACCAUGCGAGAGUCUGUUUUUCAGGGACUGGGACCAUCUGGAACCAACCACUGACAUCUCAGUUCAUGGUGAGCACAGAGUAACCCUUCUGAUGGAAUGGGAGCACUCCGAUGGUGCAAACCUUUGCCAUCAUUGGCUUGCACUCUGCACAACCUCUGUGGCUCCUUCCCUUUUGCGCACCUUUCUCUAUGCUUGGAGAAAAAGGUGGCGGUGGAUUUGGUUUCGAAGAACAGUGUGUGGCAACAGAGUGCCGCGCUGUCGGGGCUGUUGUUGAGUGGGCACAUGACCCUCCCUGCUGCAGGGCAGGCUGAAAUGGGUGGGAGCAUCUCUGCUGAGGGUCAGGGCAAUGGGCAGAGGAAGCCAGCGGUGGGCAGGACAGAGUUGUUGGCCAUCGCAGUGCCUCCAUGCAGUGCUGCUGCUGCUGCCAGAUGGAGCAGUGCAGGAUAUAUGUGCACACCUCCUCAGGUUGGGGCAUUGCCACUGCCUCAAGUCUCGCCGUCCAUCCACCUGUCUCACCAUCAGGAGACGCCACACAGCUGAGGAAUACAAGGGCCUCUCCUAUCCUAGCUCCUGUUUGGUGUCCUGCUCAGGUGAAGCAGGCAGGUGGGACAGGGAGUGCCUUUGGUCAGGGCAGCAGCUGCAACUGCAGCCUAAGAGGGAAGGAGUAUUUUGCAUGUGCUCAGAAGCACAUCCCUAUAAAUUUUUGAACCCAGGGCAAUCGCCCUGGUGCCCCUCCACCCUGCUACACCGCUGUCCAACACCGUGGGCCAAAAAAAGGGCAGUUCCAAAAGUCUUCCUAGUCCCUUGACAUUCCUCCCUAUGGGAAGUCAGGGACACAUUCUCCAUGCUUUGGUGCAAUUGGGGAUAGCCAAAACCCCAUUUAUAUUAUGCAAAUAUAUGUUCCCAUCAGCCUACUUGGCAAUACACAUUCUCACCAUUUAUUGAACAACUCACUAGUAUCUCUUCAUAGGAAUUAGGUUGCACUCAUUAAAAAUGUAUUUUUAAGUUAUGUUAUAUGGGGGGGACUUAAUAAAAUUAAGAAUUCUUAAACAGCUGAAGGUAAGCACAUUUGAGUUGCACUUAUUUCAGAUGAAGUGAUUCCCCCUCCCCCUCCCCAACUUUGACUGGAUUGUGCCCACGGUUCUGCAUGUAUUUUUUCUUUGUUUCUCAGAAUUAUGAACAGCAAGAAGCCCUUAGGAGACUUUCCCACCCUUAUCUCCCCACGACAGCUUCCUGCACCCCUGGAAAAGCUGCUCCUGAAGGUGUGGGAGGCUGCCUGAAAUCAAAGGGAGAUACAAUGCCUUAGUAAGGGGGACAAAGUAAUUCCCCCUGCGGCCCCUGUGUCCUGCCCCAUCCUAUUCUGGAGAGUUCCUUCAUCCUCAGGAGCGGCUUUUGGUGGGCUGCAGACGAGACAGUGCAAAGAUUCCCUUUUCCAAGCUUCCUUUUAAGAGCCAAUCUGAAAUGAAAAUAUGCAAUUGUUUUUUUAUGAGAGAUUUUGUAUAUACUCUACUUUGUAUUUAGUGUCCCUAAUGAAAACUGCAAGCUCAAAACACAUAGCUUACCUAUCAACUUGGGUAAUAACAUUGCCCUUUGUAACUGCAGAUCUUUCGAUUAUUACUAGAUAAUACAAAGCAAUAGCUAGAUAAGUGACAUUGAUGAUGAAGUGUACAGGCUUUGAAGCUUCAUUUACAAAAGGAUUGUGCUGUGAGAAAUGUAAAAACAACCCUGUCUUCUCUUGUGUGUAAAUACAUGCUGAUUAUUGUGAUUCUAGAGACACAGUCCAGAAAAGUGUGUGCACAGAGAAGAACUGAGUGCACAGCCUGAGCUUCCUUUGAAGUAUUUGCUGCAGCAGCUCCUACUGCCAUGGUUCAAUUUGCAAAACAGCUUGCUGCCUCAACAGCCAGAGCUGCUGCAGUGAGAACUUCAAAGAAACCUCCUGCUGUGUGCAUGGUUCCCCCUCCUCCAAAUGCACAUGGAGCCUCUGUAGAUUGCAGCCACUAUCAUAGCUAGGUUGCUCCAUAUUAUUUCAUUUGUAUUGUUCCAUAGAAAUAAGCAGUGAAAAUAAUUGAUUUCAGGUAGUGGAGUCUCAUUCUAGAAAUAGGCAUGUAUUCAUCAACCUUCAGAAUACAAGAGUACACACUCUUUUCUAUUCUCUAUAUCAGUGAAGUAUUUUAAACAGUAUUUAUUAAUCUAAUCUAAUUUAACGUUAAGUCCCCUACAUGUUUCCUUAGACAUAAGUCUGUGUUGAGUGAGGCAUGCUUCUAGAUAAAGAUGCAUUGGAUUCCAGCCUAAGAGUAUAAAGGUAACCACCUAACUAAUGCCAAGACCAACAGAUUUCUGACAGUGAUGUGGUUAAAAUGCCAUUAAUGAUGUCUCAUGCCAGUUAAAUUAUUUGCAUGCGUUGGCAGGAAAAAAAUAUUUGUACUUUGGACUGAGUUUUUUAAAAUGGGGAAUACUGUAGAUAUAUCAAACAGUAUCCUGUUACUUUUCUAACUUUUGCUUUUAAAGCUCCCUUGUUUUAUGAUAAAACGUUUGAGUCCUGAGCAUUAUUAUUAUUAUUAUUAUUAUUUUCUGAUAUACACCUUAAUGACUUUUGCUAAGCGUUUUAGUUAGUGUGAUCAGAGGAAGAUAAUUUGAAUUACAUUCAGACUUUGCACGAGUGGACGUCUACUCAUGCAACAGGGUUUUACGCUGCAGCCUUGUGUGCCUGUGACAGCUGAAAAUUGCUGAAAAUCAGGUAGCUUCUUUUAGUAAUAGAAUUAUGUUAUCAACAUAGUACAACAUAAUGGUAUGUUAAUCUGCCCCCGCCAUCAAUUUCCUAUAUCAGUAUUAAAAUAGGACAAGCUGUGAAUGAGAUAGAGACAACCCUGAAUAUAUGCUUAGUUCUGCAUGAGAUUUGAAAAUGAAGCAAUUUUAAAGCACUCUUGUAGUGCCUUGUUUGUAACAUGCAGUAUUAAAAAUACUAAUGUAGAGGAAAUGCUAAUCAUAGAUCUGGUUAUCAUUUCAGAAUUAGUGAUUCACAACCUUCUUCCUUAGUUGCUAAUGCAGGGACUAAUGCAUGAUUAUAUGAUUAUACUAUAAUUGAAAUGAAGCAUACAGGCUGCAUUCAAACAAUCAUAUAUUGACUGCUUAAGCCGUACUAUGACCAAACCUGAUGAACUUAAAUGCAGCUCCUUUGCCUUGCCUUCCUGUGAACAAAGCAGGAAGUGUCCACUUAACUAUACCUUCCCAUAACAUACAACUUGAGAAAUGAUAAUUAAUGACUUCUCAACAAGCCAGAAUGUUAAGCUGCUUUAAAUAUCAUGCUCCUAGAAAAACACCCGGUAUUGUUUGUUCUAAUAGAGAUCAUCCAUAUAAAUUUUGGGAAAGAGAGAUGUGAUGAGAGAGAAAGUAUUGCUCAAAAACUCUGUAUGUUAGGUCACAGAAUACAAAGCCUAAAAUCCUACUUCAUUAAAAUACUGAAUAAGUAAUUAUCAGUAACCUUUAUUAUUAAUACAGUACUUAGUAGUAGAACAACCCUCCAAAGUUUGUAUCAUCCUAGAGACAAAAGAGGAUUGGGGGUGCCUUAUCUUAAAUUAUAUUAUAUUAUAUUAUGAUGCUUUCAACUUGCACAAAUAAUGCAUAUUAUUACUGAUUUGCUGGAGAUCUUGUGGGUUCAAAUGGAAUUAUUCUGCACCACCCCUUCAGUUAAUGCUCUGCCUUUUAAAAAAUCCUUAUUGAGUGUGUAUUGGGAAAAUACACAAUCUCUUUUUUCAAUUGACUUUCAGGGUAUGGAAGAGACGGUUUCACACUUAGCUCCAUCUACAUCCCCUUUAUUUCCUAUAUUGGACCACCCAGCUGUCUGCCUUACAGACAAAUAUGUUCAAUAUAUCUGAAUUCUAAAGAUAUCCAAUAUUUACAGUUAUUAAUAAGGCCGGCUAUGGGUUCCUCCCCAGGAUCUUAGCAUAUCUUGGGAGGAUGACCUUAAAUGUCAGAUUCAUGAACAUAAAUGGGAUCAAAUAUGGGUAAAUGCUCCAUUAAAAACUAUAACUUCUAGGAUUCAAGAAUCCACUCUAAAAACAAUACUUAGAUGGUAUUGGACUCUAGUGUGCCUUUCCAAAAUCAAUGCAAAUCUCUCUCCACUAUGCUGGCAAUGCUGUAAUACUGUGUGAAGUUUUAUAUGUUUUUUGGAUAAACGUUUUUAUCAUUAUCUCUCAAAUCUAAGCUCAGUCACUAACACCAGAUACAGUCUUGGCCUUGUUUUCGAUAGAAAGCAAUACAGAUCCCAGAGUAUCUCAUGACACUUCCUAGUGGCUGAAGAAUGUCAAUAGGCUGUCACUGGGCAAAUACUUUGGGUGCAAGAAGGGCUUUGAGGAGAGGGAGGUCUGCUUGUCACUGUUACCUCUGUUCAGUUAUUUCUGUCUGCUCCUCUUGCCUUACUUGUCCUUUCAGUAUUAUGCCCAGCUUAUCAGGGAGCACAGCAUAAAUGUGAUGGAAGCAUUGCGAUUCAUAACUGUGCUGGUUUCUUGUUGGCAAAUCACAAUGGCUUGCUUGAUAUAGGAUAUCAUUUUUGCUGAAGGAAGAUGUGUGUGUGUUCUUCAAAUUAAACCAGUAACUGGUACCUGAAUAUUGCUGGUAACAGGCCUCUGCUUUGUGUGUCAGUAUGCUGUACUUGCACAGGUUUAGGUAUUCUUGGGGUGUGCAGAAGCUCAGAACCUAACUGGCAGCCUUUAUUUAAUGUUACACAAACACUGGAGGGAUUUUGUAUCUCUGAAUGUGUAAACAUUGCCCAUCUUAGGUUCCUUUAUCAGCUAAGAGUUGUAUUUUAUUUAGGUGUACAUCAUUCAAGUGAGCAUUGGCAACCAUCAGUGGGUGGUCAAACAUCGAUACAGUGACUUCCAUGAACUUCAUGAAAAGGUAAAUAUCCUCAUAUUUAAAAUGUUUGUUGUAAUGACUCUGUUACUGUUUUAUUAACAUUGAUUUAUUACUCUUCUUCUAACCCGGUGUCUCAAUACAUUUUAUAUAUAAAAUAAUUAAAAGCGGUGAAAACACAGAAACAAAAGAUACCCCACAUUUCGAUUCUCUUUAAAAAGAAAGGAAAGCCAUAUGGGAGACCACACCAUGAGAGGGAGGGAGUUCCCCCCUCCCCCAGCAUAUGGCUUUGUGACAGAAUGCUAGAGUUGGAAGGGACCAUGAAGGUCAUCUACUUGAACUCCCAGCAAUGCAAGAAUCUUGCACCCGAUUUUUGUUGAUGAAAAUUUCACAUAGAAAGAGCUAAAACCUCCCUCCUUGCUAUUCGGCAGUCAGAAUCCAGACCCCUACACACACACACAAUUGAGUGAGAGCUGUUGCUGAAAAGAGAAGAGAAGAGAAGAGAAGAGAAGAGAAGAGAGAAAAGAAAAGAAAAGAGAGUACCAAUCAUAGGAUUCAAGGCAUUGUUAACAUUUAAUGGGCCAGUAAGGUGUUAUCUACCCACACAUGAGCAAAUUCUAUCGAACACAGUAGGGCUUACUUAUGAGUAGAAAUGUAUGGGAUUGCACUGAGAGCAAAUUAUAUUAGGUAAAAUCUGCUUGGUUUUUUUAACCAUUGCCUAUGGAAAAUAACGAUCUGCUUAUGAAAAUCCAAGUUCAUUUGUUUACAUGGUCAUAGUAGGAACCUGGUCAUUACUUAAUUUCUGGUACCUGCUAGUUUCCUAUUCUUAGUGGUGUUUGAGCCUUGUGAGUGGUAAUAUGUCAUCAUUUGGUUCCUGAGCUCAUUAAUGAAGAACAUUUGCUGACUUUAAAGUUCAGAAUUGUUGAACCAUAAUGUAGACUAUAACCUCUCCCCCACCCCCCCAAAGAGAAAGGCAUUCACUUCAUUAUGUUAAAAAUUAGGUUGGAGUGGAACUCUGCUCAUGCAGUGAAGCUUUUCUGACUUGCCCUCCUCUCCCCAAAGACCAUUCCUGAAGAUCAGCAGAUCUUCUGGUAUAGCAUAGGAUCGGAUGCAGCAGGACAGGAAAUUGGGUGAAUUCAGCAAAGCAGUCUUACCCAAAUGAAGUGCUAUUUCACAACUGCAAGGUAUCUCUGGAUCCAAGCCAAUGUUAUUCAUUUCAUCAAUAUUAAGAACCUACUCUCCUGGCACUAUCUCGGUUAUUCCGCAAGACCUUUAAGGAAGUUGGUCUGUUUGUUUGUCUGUUUGAUUUACGUUGUUGCUGUUUGUAUUGUACAAAUCUUUUUUGAGACCUUAGUCCUGACCCCCGUCCCUGUCCCCCCAUUUUUAAAAAUUGGUUUGGAAGGCAUGCAAAGCAGUAUGUAAAAGCUUUUAAAAAAGAUCUCACUUUAUAUUACCCUGAGUUUUCAAAAACUAUAUUGGUAAUUACUGACAAAAUAAAUAUUUUAUUUCAGUUUGGCCCUAAUUUUUAGUGUAAGCAGUAAAUACCAAUUUCUGAAAACUCUGAUUCAUUUAGGAACAAUCUUAACUCUUUGUCUUACAGCUUGUUUCAGAAAAGAGAAUAGAUAAGAAUCUGUUACCUCCUAAGAAGAUUAUUGGCAAGAAUUCCAAAAGUUUGGUAGAAAAAAGACAAAAAGAAUUGGAAGUCUAUCUACAAACUCUCCUUCUUACAUUUCCCUUGGCUGCACCCAAAGUAUUGUCCCAGUUCUUACAUUUUCACUUAUACGUAAGUUGCAUUCUGCCAUUCUUCACUAUGGUUUAUUGUCAAAUAUUCUGAGUUCAGUUCUUAUUUUAAAUUUCUUAUCUUAAAUGGCAUGGGGCUGAUGAGAAUUGUAGUCCACUAUGUUGACAACUUGUCUUCUCAGAAAUAUGCCUUGAAAUGACCAGUGUGAAUUUAGGGUGUUUGUGCCUUUCAUCUAUUGCUUUUCAUAGCUUGAGUUUCAGAAAACCUUUCAGCACACUUUCUCUUCUGUAUUUGUAGUCACCCUUUUUAAAAAAUCUUGCAGCACAAUAAUUUGUUGGUCUUUUUUCAAACCCUUUUACAUAUUAUUUGAACUGUGACCAGAGUAUGUCCCAUCGAAGACUAAGGCACAGGUGCUAAAUGAUUACGUUUCAUUGCCAUUUAUAUAUUAGAUGCAUAUUUUGAUGUUUAAUGAUUUCAUACAGCAUUUUCUGAUUAUGCAUUUAUAGUUCAUUCUUGCUGAAUUUUCUUAAUUGCAUUUAGCUCCAAAUAUUGACUGAUUAUCAGGAUAAUGUCACAGGGAAACAAAUGUCAUUCCUUACGUAUUUCCCUUUCUUUUCUUCUUCACGGAUUUCUUCUUUAAAAGUAAUCUUCCUAUUUUGAAAUAGCUUCCUCUCUCAAGUUGUUCAUUGAUACACACCAUCUGCAUCUGAUACAGCAGUUUUAAUUAUUGUACCAUUGAGGAAAUGAAGUGGUUGUAACUUGUGCAAUUAGAACUGCAGUAAAAGGAAAUAGAUUCUUCCCUGUCUUGUGGAUCUUUUCCCCAGCAGUAGCUUAGUUCAUUAAAAAGAAUUUUUUUUAAAAAAAGAAAAAUGGACACACAGCCUUCAUCUCCACUGGGGAAUAAUUUCAGACACUUUUUCUUCCUUAUUGGCCGAGCAGCUAAUGAGUUGAACUAAUGUCUUCUGCAGAGUGCUGUGAUGUACUGGGUAUAUAAGGGAUAAAAUAGCCUCUCACUUAAUUGACUUAAUUUCCUGAGUACAGCCAGCACUGAACAUCACUCAGUGUUUGGAUUAUUUUAAUUCUGUAUUAUUUUUUAAGAUAUAUUGAAUCUUGUUUUAUGUUUUUUUAAAAAAUGUUCAAGCAGAAGUUUGUGAUUUUUUCUUCCAUUUGCUUGUUCUUUAUAGGAAAUCAUUGGGAUCACAGCUGCAUUGGCUGAAGAACUCUUUCACAAAGGUAUUUUUUAUUUAUUUUUUAUUUUGUAUGACCACCCAGUAACAUAUAUUCACUGGAUCACUCACAAAAUAGAAUAUGGUAUUAAAAAUACAAAGCAGCAAGAGCAGCAUAAAUAAAUGUUCAUUUUUGGCAUGCAUACAAUAAAAAUCUAAUCAUAAAAUUGAAAAGCCCAGAUUAUAAAAACACAUGUUAUUUUAAAGGCUUGAGUGAAUAAAUAAUCUUUCAUUGAUGCUGAAAAAAACUGUAAUUCCUCUAAACACAAUAAAAUUCUUGGCAUGUGUGCUGUUUCUCUAUAGCUAAUUUAGGGACAUACCUGGGAGUGAAUCUAUUGAAAUCACUGUGGCUGUCAUCGGAACUGACACAUAUAGAACUGUGCUCUUAGAUUUGAAGCUAGCCAAAGCAGAUGUGCAUGUUUGUAUGUAACAUGCCAUCAAGCACAUAUAAUAACUGUCUUCCUCAGUAACUUUAUGUGUGUUAGGUGAUUCUUUUUCUACAGUGGUGUGUCACAUCACAUCUUAUAUUGGUUGGCAGAGGUGGGGCUCUUGCCAAAAGUAAGGGAUGUACAGCAAAAUCCAGUGUUGCUUUAGCAGACUUGCACUUGCUCAAUGAGACUUCACCUUCCUCUCCUCUUCCCUGCAGCCCCAAGAUAACCCUCAGAAUCUGCUCCUGGGGGACCCUGGACAGCUUUAAACACAGCUAAAAUAAAAUAAAUUAGAUGUUUUAAAAAGGUUUUUCAACUUUGUCUAAGUGCUUACAUAUGCAGUGGGUGCUUGGUACUAUUAUGAUAUAUAGCUUGGUACUAUUAUGAUAUAUAGAAAUCCCGGUUAAACUUUGCAAAUUCUGGUCAGAAAUGGAAAAAGACUUAGAAGAUUGCAAUCAUCUAUAAGGCAAAUUGUAGCAUUUCUGUUUUAUUGUUCUCCCAGUAAUAUUGGUGAAUGCUUGCCAAAUCUCUUAUUUUUGUUUCUCAGGAGAGCAGUUACUUAUGGCUGGUGAGGUCUUUAAUAUCAGACCCUUGCAGUUAUAUGCUAUUACUCAACAACUUCGUCGGGGAAAGCCAACAUGUGCAAAUGGAGAUGCCAAAACUGAUCUUGGUCACAUUCUGGAUUUCACGUGUAGACUCAAAUAUUUAAAGGUAAAUGUGUUCUUUUCCAUUUUUUUAUUUUGAAAUAAAUUCUACAUGCUGAUAAUUGUAAUAAGCAAAGAUUGAAUAAUGUCCUGAAGAUUGUUCCAAAACAUCACACAUCAUCUUUCUACUCAUUCUUCUGUAAUACAGUAUUUUAAUUUGGCUAGUAUUGCUAUGUUCCAUAUUAUGUUAAGCCAUUCUGAAAAUGGUGGAGUGAUAUUUCCCCCCUCGUUUGCUUCUUUACAAGUAUUGCUAGUUGUAAGGAGAAGAAUUACCAUUUCCAAGUCAACAUCAAUAAUGGAUUCCUUUAAAUAACCCAAUAGUAACAGCUUUGGUUCUAAUGGUAAUAUAUAUCAUUUCCCUGUCUAGGCUCCAGAUUGUAAUCCAAACAAUCUGGAUUAUAGGACAGUCCCAAAAUAUAUUUAGAAAGUCUGCCCAUGCUGCUUUAUAUGUCCCAACAAUUUAUUCAUGCUGACAGACAAAUCUGGCUCAAUCUAUAUGGUGUCAAAUUCCAUCGGUUCUGAGUUUUAAAAUACUUUUCUUUUAAGUGUGUUGAUAGUACAUUUAUUAUUUCUUUCAUAAAAUUUAUAUACUGCUUGGUUGUAAAAACAAACCUCAAAGUAGUUUACAAAAAAGUAUAUUAAAAAAAUCAAACUUGAUAGUUCCUUAAUACAAAUCCAUUGCCAUUUCUUAAUGUCCAAUUCUUGAUCUGCAUAUCUUGCCCAUUAUUUCCUUGUAAAAGUACAUGAUAGAUCUCUUAAACUCUAGUAUCAAAAUGCAUAGUAUUCCUGUCUGGCUGCUGAUAAGUGCCUCACUGCAGUUACCUUCCCUUGAUUCACUAUAUUUCCUGUGCAGGGACAGGACCACCUGGGCGUAUUGAAAUAUUGGUGGUCUUGCCAUGACUUGGGACGCGGGUGGCGCUGUGGGUAAAACCUCAGCGCCUAGGACUUGCCGAUCGCAUGGUCGGCGGUUCGAAUCCCCGCGGCGGGGUGCGCUCCCGUCGUUCGGUCCCAGCACCUGCCAACCUAGCAGUUCGAAAGCACCCCCGGGUGCAAGUAGAUAAAUAGGGACCGCUUACCAGCGGGAAGGUAAACGGCAUUCUGUGUGCUGCGCUGGCUCGCCAGAUGCAGCUUGUCACGCUGGCCACAUGACCCGGAAGUGUCUGCGGACAGCGCUGGCUCCCGGCCUAUAGAGUGAGAUGAGCGCACAACCCUAGAGUCUGGCAAGACUGGCCCGUACGGGCAGGGGUACCUUUACCUUUACCUUUACCUGCCAUGACUUAUGCAACUGCUUCAGAUGAUAUUAUAUUUUGCCCAUUCAUUAAAUGUUUAAUUGUGUGCAAACCAAAUAUAUUUGGUUUCACUGUCACUUUGAUAUAUUUGCCCAGUUUUUCUCUUGGUAUCUGCAGGUAAAUAUGUUCUAAUAUAAACAUUUUAUCACCAGGAAUGAAGAGUCCUCAAAGAAAAAUAUAUGAAGAUCCAAUAUAUUUUGAGUGAUUGUAUUGGCCAGCACAGGAUAUUGUUUUAGCUACUCCUUAAAAAUAUUGAGUCUGUUUGCCCAUGAAGAAGAGUCUUUUAACUCAAACACCAUAUGGUACAAAAUAUAAGCACAAGGUGGCAGUGUUGUUUUAGCUGCAUAUGUGUGCUGCAUCUUUAGAUGGUUGUCACAUGAUAUUACAUUGAAUAUAGGUCCUGGGAGCAGUAAAAUUCGCCUUUUUAUUUUUGCCAGUAAACACUUGUGGAUUAUUCAUCAUAAUUUGUACUUAAUUUAGCAAUAUCUUAAUUUUUGUCUUUAGAUAACAGGCACAAGUGGACCUUUGGGAACCAGUAACAUUCAGGAACAUCUUUUGCCUUUUGACCUAUCAAUAUUUAAAUCUCUUCAUCAGAUACAGGUAUAGUUGAAAAAGAGUUUGGUGAAGCCAAGGACCAAAACGGGGCCUUUGUGCAUGCAAUAUAUGUCUGAGUUUUUUGGUCCCAGCUUUGAAAUAUUGCAAAACCUUCAUUAAUUGUCCUGAAAGCUGAUAGAGUUGCUUACUUGAAUAUUAACCUGGAGAUGGAGGGGUUUAUUGGCCUACUCACUCUCAGUGCUAUGGAGCCCACAAGCCUCUUUAAUUUUCAGAAGGCCAGACAGCAGCUGGAGUGCAGGGAGCACAAGUCACAUAGUGAAUAUCCAACCAAACAUGUUGUUGUUGAGGCAAAUAAAAUCUAAUUUUGCUUUCUCCAUUGCAGCAUUUGAGAUGUCAUCUAGCAAAGUUGUUCCAAGUUAUAAAGAGCUUAUUGAGAUCAGGCUUAGAGUGAAGUGGAACUUUUGACCACCUGCACUUAGAGAAAAAAGUUGCCCAUAUCUGCUUGUACUAUGAUGCUGCAUUUGAAGCAGUGUGUGGCACGGUGUCCAGUGCGUGGUCUGUUUAGGUUAAUUGGGAUCAUUUUCAGUCCUUGUUGGCUGAGAUGUUUUCAUCACAGACCCAGCUAUUUACACAAACACCUGGACUAUAUUAACUGCAUUUCAGUGCUUUAUCCACUUAGCUUGAUGUUUGCUGUUGAAUAUUGGAUUUUGUAGUAUUGGGUUAUAAUUUUUAUGGAGUAAUGCGAUUUUUAUUGUUUAUAUGUUGUGGUGCUGAUUUUAUCCCAACAUGGUAGAUUGGUACUGGGUGUGUUAGAACUAAAGGAGUAGCUGUAGUAGUACAGUAAUAAAAAAUGGAAUUUUGCUUUUCUCUGAUGAUCUUCAUUUUGCUUUAUAUACCCUUUUUGAUAAAAAACAAACAGAUAAAUCACUGUGGCGCAAAGGUUAUUAAAGGGCUGACCUCCUCAAAGCACACUUUGGCUACACUGAGUGUUCAGUUCUCAGCAACAUCAAUGAUGGUAAGACUGAAACAUUAACCAUUUGCAAUUAUAUUGUGGCGGUUGUUUACAGCUUUUGACUGUUCACAAAGUAACAAAGUUAUAUUCAGAAUUUGAAUGCAUGAAUGUAAGCAUGUUUUUGUGAGAUGUCUUAUUGAGAUGGUUUUACAGCUCAGCCCUAAGCAUUUAUACUUGUAACCCCACCAAAAUCAGUGUGAUGCAGUGUGACUGCAUACAGUACUCUGGGUGAAAUAUCUUGCAACUCAGGCUUUUAAAAUGUAGGCUUAAUUUAUCUCUGCAUAUAAUAAUUCUUGAGGGGAAAUGGUUUACAAGGCUAAAACUUCUUUGGGGGAGGGAGAAAAGUCGAAAUAAAAAGAAUUUCAUUCAACGUUCUCCUCUGUGUUUUGAACAGGAGGUCCUAGUUCCUGAGGCCUAUGAAUUUGACCAGUGGGAGCCAGAGGGUGCACCUUCCAGUUGUCCCGUGACCGCAGUUAUUCCAACAUGGAGAACUUUAACAACCUUAGAUAUGAGUCACAACAGCAUAGCUCGAAUUGAUGAAUCUGUGGUAAGACCAUAUUUUUAAAAAUGUUUUAAAAUUUUAAAAGAAAGUGAGUGAUAUAUUUGUUUUACUUAUUGAUGCUAGCAUAUUGUGAAAUGAUCGAGGCUUUUGAACAUUGUCAGGGAUGCCCAAAAGCCUUGGUCAUUUCAUAGAAUGCUAUAAAAUGAUCAAGGCUUCUGAACACCUUUGCCAAAGAUCAUGCCUAAUUGUAUUUUCCCCGUUGAACUGCAGAGAGCUAUACUAUAUUGCAAAUUGCUUUUGAAAUUUCCCUUACUUUCAAAAGAGGUGUGCCUUGUGGCCUUCGAGCUCUGCUUGAGAAAUUGAACUCCUAAAUUUCUUUGGGAACAUAGCACUAAUCAUGUCGUUGUUCUGAUUCCAAACAGUGUUCAGUAUUCACACUGAAAGGUUACUCUUCCUUUGUUUUAGAAACUUAUGCCGAAGAUAGAAUUUCUUGAUUUAAGCCACAACGAUGUACCACUAGUGGAAAACUUACAGGUUAGCUUUGACAUCUUUGGUAAUAUUAUAGUGUAUAUUUUUGUUUAGUUCCUUAAAUGUUUGCUUAUGAUUUGAUAUUGAACCUGCUUGAUUACCUUUCUCUUAGUAAGUCUGUCUUCAGUGCAAUUUUGGAAGUGAGCAUUGCAAUUGUAUGCAUGUCUGCUCAGAAAUAAGGCCCAUUAAGUUAAUUGUAUAGAAUUACCGCUUUAAUUGCUGUGUAUGAAUAGCAACUUUAUAAAGCCUCGGGGUGUCAAUUUAUGGCACAAAUGCUAUUAAAUUAACAUGUAAUCUGCUUGUUUUCUGUUGUAGCAUCUGUACAACCUCGUUCAUCUGGAUCUAUCCUACAAUAAACUUGCAACACUAGAAGGUAUUCAUACCAAAAUUGGGAAUAUCAAAACACUGAACUUAGCAGGGAAUCAUCUGGAAAGACUUAAUGGCCUCAACAAACUCUAUUCUUUAGUCAACCUGGAUCUUAGCAACAACAAAGUGGACCAGGUAUUAUGCAGCACAAUCAUAUACAUGUUUACUCAGAAGUCUUACUGAGUGAAAAAAGUAGUGUUAAACAAUAUGUGUAACUAUUUUGGGGGUCUAGAAAUCAGCAUGGUCUCAUACUGCAAAUCGUGCAAUCUGAUUCCUGUUCAUCUCCAUGGAAUCCUGAGCAUCUUUAUUUCCCCUUUCUAAAUAAGAGAGCAAAUUUCUAACCUUAUUGUGUAGCUUCCGUCUACUAAAAAGCUCAGCUUAUAUCUCUCUGCAAUGGCAAUUUCUCCACUCAUUUGUGGACCACAUGAUGUCAAACAGACAAGCCGUUGUUUGUGUCCUGUAUCUUUCAAACAUUUGUAUUAUGUAAUAAAAUAAAAUAAGGAAAAUUUAUGGGAGGGAUGUUACUAUCCCCAAUAAUCAACUAUUUUCUGGGAUUUUGAAUGAAACUACCCAAAUUAGCUUUUGUGUGCACAGUAUGUUUAAUUUUAAUUUUACUUCAAUUGUAUUGUUUCACUUUAUUUAUUUCUUUAUUAUUGUAUGCUAUUGAAAUGUAUGCCCUUCCUUCCUUUUGUAAAAAGCUCAUUUUGUUUGGAUGGAAUCUUCAGUCCUGUUUCCACCCAUUCCUCCAGUCUCCCUAGCCCCUCAUAGUCAAAAAUCUGCACGCUUCUGGUGCAGAACCAGCAAAUAUCUUCUGAUCUAUUAUUGUCACAGAAUAGGAUUCUUAAUAAACUGUUUUAGAGUUACAAUCUGCAGCCUAUCACUAUAAAGAGAGCAAUCAGAAAAUAAUAUAUGGAAGAAUUUGUUUUUUAUUCCUGUGCUUUUCAGAUUGAUGAAAUAAAGAAUAUAGGCGGUCUUCCAUGCUUGGAAAAAGUUGUCUUAUCCAACAAUCCUUUGAGUAUUAUUCCCGAUUACAGGACCAAAGUGCUAGCUCAGUUUGGGGACAGAGCCUCAGAGGUAAAUGUUCUCAUACUUAACAUUUGAUGGGAUUUUCUUUUGUAUAAUACAGUGUGAAAGCAGCACAUUUUUUUGAGAAGCAGUGUGACAUAUGAUAAAAUUUCUUGAUAAAACGAGUAGGACCCACAACAUGAAAAUUUAGUGAUAGAGCCCAAGCUUUUCAUGAAAAAGGUCCUAAAUUCAAUCCCCAGUAUCUCCAAUUAACUAUACUAUCAAGUAGCAGUGGUAGGAGAAACCUGUGUGAGAGACUUUAAAAAGGUGCUACCACUCAGGAUUGACAGUACUGGGCUAGCUAUUCCAGUGUUUAAAAUAUGCUUUGCCAAUUUUAACUACUGGUAGUUCAUAUGAUAAGCAGGAAUCUUAAGUUGAGAUGUCUGUCUAUAUGUACUUGAGUUCUAAAGGCUUUGUUUUAACUUUUGCAUUGAUUUAAUAUUGUCUGGGUAAGCUAAUGGGAUUCAAAUUGCUUUAUUGUAGAAGAUUUAUUAUGAUUGGUCCCUUGGUUUUUCAGGUCUGUUUGGAUUAUACUGUGACCACUGAAAAAGAACUUGACACUGUGGAAGUGUUGAAGGCUAUUCAAAAAGCAAAAGAUGCAAAAUGCAGAAUGAACAACUCUGAUAAAAAGGUGAGAGAUGGAUGGAUAAUGAAACCUGUUCAAUAGGAUGCUUUUAAACUUUUUUUAGGGAGGAGGCAAGAUGAUGUAUCAAAUUAUGUGGAAGUGGUGGCCUGUUUGAAGACAUUUCUUUGUGCACUAUACUGAAAUUUCCAUUUAGACAAUAUCUUCUCCCUCACUUCGCUGACAUUUCCUUGAUAGUGUUUGGACAUAAUGCAAAAUCAUGGUUUAGAGUUAUGAGAAUGACUCCCUGAGGGCUUGCAUAUUUCCUGCCCCACUGGCACAGCUAUGAGGAGAUGGGAAACUUUCGUAGAAUGUGAUCAGCAUGCAAUAUUGCAACUUCUAGCACAACUAGAUUAUAGUGGGGCUGCCCAGAAUCUGAUCCAGAAUAUGCCACUGGUGCAGAAUGCCAUAGCAGGUUUGCUGCAUGCUAUUCCUAGAAGGAUGAAUCAUAGAACACAAGUUCUCUGGGAGCUUCACUUGCGCCUAUUGGCUACCAUGUUGCUUACAUUGGUGUAUAAAGCUUUGACUGGCUUGGGAGCGACACACAUGAAGGAGUGCCCCUGUGAUCUAUACAGAUGAAGGUGGUUAGGAAAUGAAAUACAAAUAAAGAAUAAUAAAAAUAUUGAACAAUGGGUAUUAAACAUAUUUCAGUGGGAUGUAAAUCUCUAGGGAUCUACAGGUAAAGUACACAGGUUUUUUAUUUAUCUGCUUAGUGGUAAAUAUUAUUUUAAACCCUAAGAAGUAUUGAUUCUCCAUGUGCAGCAGGCUGUGGUCUUGAUUAUAUUAUAAAACCCACAUCAAACUACUCUCUACUGGGAAAAAAUUGUGAUACAGUGGUGCCUCGCAAGACGAAAUUAAUUCGUUCCGCGAAUUUUUUCGUCUAGCGAAUUUUUCGUCUUGCGAAGCACGGUUUCCCAUAGGAAUGCAUUGAAAAUCAAUUAAUGCGUUCCUAUGGUCAAAAAAAGUCCAAACAAAGCCAAAUUUGGUACAACAAGAGUUUAUUAAGUGCUCUUUAAAGUCACACAUACUGUAAAGAGCAUUUCAAAAUUCAAACCCAGAAUUUUUUUUAAAAAAACAGCAGAGUGGCCCAAUGGUCACAGAAAAUCAUAAAAAUGCAGGAAAAAACCCACAAGCUUCCAGAUUCUUGCAAACCCCUCCCCAACUGUUCCCCCAGCCACCCAGCACACAGAAAUUCAAAUCCAGAAAUUUUUUAAAAACAGCAGAGUGGCCCAAUGGUCACAGAAAAUCAUAAAAAUGCAGAAAAAAAACCACAAGCUUCCAGAUUCUUGCAAACCCCUCCCCAACUGUUCCCCCAGCCACCCAGCACACAGAAAUUCAAAUCCAGAAUUUUUUUUAAAAAACAGCAGAGUGGCCCAAUGGUCACAGAAAAUCAUAAAAGUGCAGGGAAGAAAAAACACAAGCUUCCAGAUUCUUGCAAACCCCUUCCCAACACCAAGUCCUUGAAUUCCAAACACCCCAACCCAAAAUCCAACCCCCCCCAAAAAAAGUUUUAAAAGCUUAACUUACCAAAUGGCUGCAAAAGAAGUUUUGGAAAAGCUUCAAAAAUCACCAAAGUCUUUAAAAACCUCAAAAAGGCUACUAUGUACACUGCGUUCUAUGAGUUGCUCCUCGAAGUCAAGUCGCAACUGUAUUAACGGUGUUAAGAAAAAGGAAACAAACUUGCAAGACGUUUUCGUCUUGCGAAGCAAGCCCAUAGGGAAAUUCGUCUUGCGAAGCAGCUCAAAAACGGAAAACCCUUUCGUCUAGCGAGUUUUCCGUCUUGCGAGGCAUUCGUCUUGCGGGGCACCACUGUAUUGCAAGGUCGUCGUUGUCAUUCUCUUCCCCCCUGCCUCCUGAUUUUCCACGUCCCUCCACGCAACCACAACUGGUCUGCUUGUUUUGGCUGGGCUGUUGCUUAUUAAUAUACAGUAACCAUAAAACAACAAUAUACAAAAUGAAUCUGCAGGUACAACUAUAAAAUCAUCCAGAACUCCACAGCUUCAGCAAGUUAGAAUUCCUAUGGAUUGUACUGUUAGCACACAUGGAUAUGUUUUUUUUGUUCCUCGAGGUUGUCAAAAUGUUUUGUGUUUUUUGGGAGUUGUGAAACUGCACAUGCUUAGAGUAUUGGUUGCUUCUUCUUCUUUUUUUUUUUUGCAUAUUUGUAUCUUGCUUUUCAUCCCGGGAACUCAUGGUUGUGUACAUUCCCCUCCCAACCCUUUCUAUCUUUGCAAUAGCCCUGCGAGGUAAGAUAGGCUAAGUUUAUAUAUGUACACACAUAAGCAGCAGUUAUUUUCAUGUUGUGUGUAUGCAGGGGGCCCAAUCCACAUUCAGUGUUCCAUACACAGGUAAUCUUGUUGGCAUCCCUGAAUUUCACUAGGUCUGCUUUGAGUAUGAGUAACGUUGGAUAUUGCCCAUAGGAAGAAACAGUUACUGAUGGGUUUCGUCUCACUCUUGGCUUUUACUUUUGAGUUUCUUGGGAAAACAUUCCUAACAUUUUCUUUCUGGUACUAAAGUUAAUUGGUCCAUUGAAAGGUGGAUAAUUUGCUUGUUCAUACACUGGACUUUUUAAAUUGAUCUUAAGUGCUGUUAAUGCAGUAUUGCCAACAUCCAGUAUUAUGGCGAAGAAGCUGUGUUUUAAAAUUAUCUAAUUUAUCACAGCCCUACUGCUUGCUAACAAAUCUGUCUUUGUUUUCAUUCGAGAUAGGGAUGCUUUGUAGCCUUUGUUCCCAGCCCUUCCUUUUUUCUUUCUCAGAUCCCCGAAGAUCCCAAGCUUUCUGCUGCCAGUUCAAAAUCAAACUGUUCUUCUCUUUCUGUACAUCCUCCCUCUCCUUCUCUGCCUCGUCCUGUCAGCUCCAGUCAAGGUAAUCAUGUAUGUAUCAUGCUGCAUGGCCAGGCCUUUUGGUUCUGCCUUUCUAGGCUGCAUUGAUAUACAUGAAUUUCUUUACAGGGAAAUGGGGUUUGGCAACAUCAGUGGAAGCACAAAGGCAAAUGAUCAAAUACUUCUGUACCCAUGGUUGGAGGCAGUAUUGCUUCUGAAUACCAGUCACUGGAAGCCACAGGGAGAAGAGUGCUCUUGUGCUCAGGUCAUGCUUGCUGAUUUCUCACAGACAUCUGGGUGCUCACUGUGAGAACAGAAUGCUGGACUAGAUAGGCCAUUGGCCUGAUCCACCAGGCUCUUUUGUAUGUUCUCAUCAGCCCAUAACUCUCCACUGGUGGUGAAAGGGACGCAGGUGCCGCUGUGGUCUAAACCACUGAGCCUCUUGGGCUUGCUGAUGAGAAGGUCGGCAGUUCAAAUCCCUGUGAUGGGCUGAGCUCCCGUUGCUCUGUCCCAGCUCCUGCCAACCUAGAAGUUUGAAAGCAUGCCGGUGCAAGUAAAUAAAUAGGUACCGCUGCAGCAGGAAGGUAAACGGUGUUUCCGUGCGCUCUUGUUUCCAUCACAGUGUCCCGUUGUGCCAGAAGUGGUUUAAUCAUGUUGGCCACAUGACCCGGAAAGCUGUUUGUGGACAAACGCUGGCUCCCUCGGCCUGAAAAGCGAGAUGAGCACCACAACCCCAUAGUCGCCUUUGACUGCACUUAAAUGUCCAGGCGUCCUUUACAUUUACCUUACCUUUACCUUACUUGUGCUGAGAAUACUACAUAAGCAGUAAAUGAGGCAUAUGCUUCAAUUUAUUUAUAUAGGUUAUUGCAAGCAAAUAAAAUAUAAAGUAGAAAACAUUUUACCACAUUUCUUCAAACACUAAGAAAAUUGCGGUAGGAAUUUGGAAAUAUCCAAAUGUUGUAUGUGCAAGUCGUUGCAAUAUCUUUCCUUGUUUUCUAUCCUCUAUCAGUACAAGGCAUUUCCUCCAAAAUUAUGUGCAUUUGGGGUUUUUUUAAAUGUUGCUAGUUUUCACAGGUUCUUUUUCAAAUAUCAAUGUAGCCAAAAUUCAAAGUCAUGGACAUAUAUAUAUGGAACAGGUCAUAUCUCAGUGACCUGCCUCAGCUCUGCACGCAGGAGGUCCCUGGCAUCUCUAGCUGGAGCUGGGAGAGAUCUCUUCGUGAAAACCGGAGGCCCUGUUUGUAACAGUCUUUCGGGUUGAAACUUCCAAGGAUGGACAUGUGUUCUGCCAUUUUAUUUUCUGAAACAACUGCUGGUGUUUUUGUGACACCAUCUGUUUCCAUAAAGUAUUAAUCAUAUCAAGUGUUACAGGAAAACUGCCUUUUUGCAGGAAAUCCAAGAUUUAAAUAUUUUUUACAGGAAACAGAAAAGCACAAAUAUUUCUUCAGCUUCCUUAACUACUAUCAGAAUUCAGUAGAUUGUUUUUGUUUUUUCCCCCAUAAUGAACAGGUAGACUGUAGGGGUCUUCUGUUGAAGAAAUUAUUAAUGUGUGAAGUUACACAUUCAUAAUUUUAAGGGGUUUGAAAACUUAAUUUUUUGGUUGCAGAUUAAUAGGAAAUACAAAAGAAAUUCUGAAACUAAUUACAUGACACUUCUAGACUGCCAUCCGAAGCACAUUUACUAGAGAAGCAGUCUUCAGCAGGACUUGCUUCUGAGUAAACAUGCUUAGGAUUAUUCUGUUAAAACAAGAGUAAGCUACCGCAUCCCACUGUAAUAAUUUGUUCUCACUGCUGAGCAAACACAGAAUUGGGCUGUUAGCCUUAUUUCAUACCAUAACCAAGGAUCAUUUCACAUGAAUGUAUGGCUACGAUUACUAUAAAAACAUUGACAGCUAAAAAUAUUUCCAUUUGUCUUCUGAUUUUAACAAUUAUUGUUCUCUUGAGUGCUUGAGGUUAUAUAUAGAAGAGAGCUGCAAAGAAAUAUAUAUAAUACCCAGUCCAGUUAGCCUUGUUCAGUACAUUAAUUACUUCCCUGAGCGCACUCUCCACUUACAGUCCUCCUGGGAGUCCAGCUGGCCAGUCAUGGGACAGUUGGGGGGGGGCAGUGAUGGAAAACUCCAAACAUGGGCUCACAUAUGCAAUAGGGAAAAGGAUGAAUGCAAUGGACAAAUGGAUGCCUCCCUAAUUUUCAUCUGAAUGACACAAAAUUAUUUAAAUGACUUCAAAUCUGAAACAAUCUGAACUGCAGUCCAAGCCUUUCACACAUUUCAGCAGCCCAGUUAUUUCGUUGGAAACUCAGCUCCAUUGAGAUCAUUUGCUUCCGUCAAGCAUAAAUGCAGCAGCCUGGGUGGGAAGUAAUAAGAUUCCAAGCUUCUGAUGAACCUGUGUAUUCAGUAAUUAUCAGUAUGUCAAAUAGGUAUGUUAGUUGAUGGAUGUGCAUUUCUCUUAAGUAAUCUCAAGCACAGGAUGACAUUGUAUAAAUGUAUGCUUGAAAUACAAUGCAUUUUCUUUCUCAGAGCAUGUGAAAGUUAAUACUCUUUAGUAUAUUUCAAAUCACAUUUGCUUGUUUUUACAUCAGUGGUGUUCAAGAACUGUUUUUUUUAUCUGUUCUAGAAAUAACUUUUAGAAAAACAGUCCUAGCCAGCAGUUUCUCAUCAAGUAGUUCGACUCCUACAAGCCAUACAGUUACUCAAAGAUGCUCUGAAACACCCGGCCUGGGAAGCAGAAAUCAGGUAAUGGCUCAUUUUCUGAGAUAGUUUUUGUCAUAAACCAGCAAAGUCUGUAGCCCACUCAAACCUGAAUGCCAUGUCUGAGAAAAGUGGAGUAAGAUUUCAGCAAGAUGGCUGACUGGAAACAUAUUUCAAAUAGCUGUCCAUAUGUUAGAUAAUCUUUCUGCUUUAGUGAAUUUGUAAUUGUUUUUGUGUGUGUGUGUGUGUGUGUGUGUGUGUGUAAGAGAGAGAGAGAGAGAGAGAGAGACAGAUGCAAAAAAUGAUAUGAGGAAACUAUACCAUGGCUACUUUAAAAAAGCAAACAAUUUUUUCUUUUCCUGAGGUUUGCUUGUAAACUUCUGAUACAAGGAAAUCGGCUGUAUUCACUGAAUGUCUUCUACCUAUAGCAAGGGCGGGGAACUAUAUCUGCUUGGUGGGCCGGAACCUAUCUUCUCUCAACUUCCCUCAUAGGCACAGUUAAGUAGGUAGCCAAUGCACCCAGUUGUCAGUAUCCUGGCAUCACAAUGACUGCAGGUUCCUAUGUGGAUGAUCAGCUAAUCAUCAGGACUUGCAAAGAGCUACCUGUUGAUUUGCCAUGUUGCACUAAAGAACAACAAAGCCUAUACAUGCCAUUCUGCUUUAAAGGGGGAAAGCACCAUUCAGAGCAAUCACUAGCUACUCCAGAUAGCCAAGUGAUGCUUAUUAAAGUCAUUUUAAAGUUAAACAGGUUAUCUAGGGUUGCCAUAUUUCAAGAAGUGAAAAUCCGGACACAAACAAAUUGACAUUUAAAAAAAAAAAAUAAUGCCAAAGAACUUGACACAUUCCCUUUUCAGUGGCGGGGGGACAACACAAAAAACCAUUGAAAUCCCAGUAAUGUCUGGGAUAAUCAGAACGUAUGGCAACCAUAUUAUAGCCCACAGUUCAGCUAGUUAUUGAGCCAUAUUAACCUUUUGAACUAUGUGACUAGGCCCACCUUUUACUAGAUUAUCGUGUCUCCUUUUGUAUGUUUGUUUCUUCACUUUAAUAUUUUUUCCUGCUCUUAAAGCAGUCAAUGAUUCAGGCUUACAAUCUUAAAAACACAAAAAGAAAAGUGAUUGGAAGGGAGGAGCAAAGAGACCCCACUUCUUAGUUACAAAGUUCUUGUAAGUGUUCUUUCCAGCAAGCACUGGCAAAGCAAGCUCCCUGCAGCUGCAUGCAAUGCAUGGGGACCGACUGAUCUUCCUCUUGUCCAUUACUCUCUACUUGGGAGUCAGUAGGAGCAGCCUUAGUCCCCUGGCCGAUGGCAAACGCAAGAAUGUACUGCCCUUCAGUUGUGCAGUACCAGGGGCAAACUUGACAGAUGCAUCAGAGUGUGACUUAUUUAUUCUGAUUCCCUUCUCUUUCAAGGUACCUGCUUCUCAGUUGGACUCUUCCAACAAAUAUGAAAAUGCCCAUCACAUGUGGUGAGAGUGAUGUUUCAUUUUGAUUUCCACUUCUACCUCUUGAACAUUUGCAUGCAUUCAAAACUUGUAGCUGCUAGAGAUCACUGUAAAGAGAGGAGAAAUAAAGUUGUGAAGACUUAAGGGGGUUCAUCUGCCUGGGAGCUCCCUGUACUUCCUGUUUAAAGCAGAAGUGUGAAACAGGAAGUACAGGAAGCAACUCCACAAAAUGCAGAUGGGGCAAGUUGAGGUCAGGAUGGACUCUGUACACACUCGAAAUGGUUUGUAAGGACCAGCUGAAUGAAUGCAUACCUGCAUAAGUUCAGCAACCGUCUACUUUUAUCUCAAAUGCCAUUGCCUCAUUACAUAUAAUAAUAAUUAUCAAUAAUAAUACAUAUACUUGUAUUUUAAAUAUUUUAGUAAUGAAGAGACACCAGAGUGAGACUUGGAAAUAGGAUGAUUAUUUUUGAACUUGGAUUAAUAUAGUUCUAUUUUUUAAUAAAGCUUGGGCCAUUCAAAAGAAGAACCUGAUGCCUUGCCCGACUCUCUUAAUACUGUCAUCCUGCCUUUCACCUGUAUGUCGUACACUGCCACAAAUCAGGAUUUUGUGCAACAUCUCUCUGCUUUGAUAGCAGAUGCUGUGGAAAGUGCACCCUCUUUCUCAGUGGAAACUCAAAAUACAGGGAACCUUUUGAGUGAUUCCAGAGUUGCAGAUACUGAAGAUGGCUAUUUUGAAAUGGGGCUUCAUGAAGGGGACAAUGUAUUUGAGUUCAUCCCUACAUCAGAUAUUGUGCAAAUAGCUUCUGCCAGCACAAAAACAGAGCCGGAUGACGUAGUCAAAGUUCUCUGGAGCUUUUGUAUUCAGGUUCAUAAAGGACUCAAGCAGUUUGCUUCCUGUUUGGUUUUGACCAAUAGUGUGGUAGCUGUAUUUGAAAUCCCUCAAGAUCCCAAAGGAAACUGCCAGAAUAUUCUUUCUGCCUUGAAAUUAGCACUGUGCUUUCCAUAUUCUGACCUUACAGAAUUUGGCUUUUUAAUACCAGAAAUAUGUUUGACACUCAAGGUAAAUAAUGGCGAUACCUGCUUGUUUGUUGUUUCGGACUCUCAGAAUCUGCAAGAUUUCUAUUCCUGUUUACAUAUGUCUCGCUCUCAGAGCUGUACGCCUGCUUUAACAAGUUCUGUACUGUACUGUGGCAAAGCAAGUUUGCAAGAAUUUGUCUACCAGCUUAUGGGAUUUUAUCACAUUUCAUCUGAAAACACAGAGAUAAAGGGUUGUUUCCCUGCCUACCUUUUCUGCCGUAAUAAAGCUGAUGCUCAGAAAGUCUUGUGUCAGCUAGAAUCUGCCAGUGAUGGCAAAACUUCCUCUAAACACGUCGGUUGUUCUGCACUUUAUUCAACAUUUCAUAAAUCUGCCGAAGAGGGCCACUGCAUGUUCCAUCCCUGUUGGAUAUUUCUAACACCCCAACACCUACACAUCGUUCAAGUUGACUUUAAUGUACUGCCAGGUAAAUACAUAGACUCUGAGAACGCAAGGAGCAUAUUCAAGCUGAGCAGGAUUCCACUAGCUUCUGUUCUCUUGCACCCUGCCAGCCAUUCUAUUCAGCAAGAAGGUUCGUUUUCAGAUGGCCAUGUGCUUGAAUUGCUCGUUGGCUACAGAUUUGUCACAGCUGUAUUUGUCCUACCUCAUGAAAAAUUCCGUUUUCUAAGAAUCUACGGUCUUCUGAGGACACUUUUACAAGACAUCAAAACUAUAAUUAUUUUCAAAGCAGAAUCUGUAAGAAACCCUCUCUGGGACUCCAAGAGACAUGGCCAAACUGCAAGGUGAGGAUAACUGUUUUGAAUGUCACUCAUUGCAGCGUGGCUAUAAUACUAGCCAUCUCCAAAAAUUUAGCCAUAUAUGUGUGUUUAAAAUUGCAGUAUGGGAGGAUGGGAACAAACCUGUAGGCCCCAGCUUUCUGGCAUAUUUUUGUUUUUCAGCUGCAUCCCCUUCUGCAUGCCAGGGUCUGGACUUCUGCUGCUCUUCUACUACUCGUGCAGGUUCUCUGUAUGAUUUAGACUCCUGGAAGAUGAAGCUUCUAUCUAAAUCACACAGGGAGCCUACUCUGGUAUGGCAGGCUCCCCAGUUCAGAACUUAGCCCUCAAAUGCAUAGCGGGCUGCAGAGCUAAUUGACAGAAAUGUGAUGGAGGGGACUGGGCCAACAAGUCGGUCACCUUCCUCCCUGUUGUGUCAUUGUAAUCACGUACUGAAAAAGAGUUAGUGAGAACUUCUUGUCUGUGAAGAAGGCUUGCCGUGAACUGAGCAAUGAGUAUUCUAUAAAUUGCCAGUUUGAUGACCUCUCUCUCUUGUGGUUUACAAAAUGCUGCACAAUAUUACAGAGGAGGUGUACAUCUUGGGAAGAGUUCCAAUAAGUAAAACAGUUAAGAUGCGCCAGGGUGUUAAAACUGCACAAUUAAUGUAUGGUCAGUCGUAUAAAAGUGCAGGAGGCAAAGGGAUGGGUUUAAGGGUAAGCUUGUGAUUUGUUUAGUCUAUAAGCAACUGCAUCACACUGUUGGCUCCUGUUCAGCUGUGAUCAGCUAAGACACCUAGGACCCUUUAACAUAAACUUUUCAGCUUGGAUUAAGGGUCAUGAUCCUGAGAUCUUGAUAAGGAAGUAUUUUAAGCAGAGGCGGGACAAUCGUCUUUCAGUGAGUCUGUAGUUGCAUCCUGCACUAAGCAGGAAAUUGGACUAGUUGACCACCAAGGUUCCUUUCAAAUCUGAGUCUGUAAGUUUGAAUGAAAUUGUGUUUCAUUCAUUUGGGUUUGCCUCUGACAGUGUAUAUUCAUCUCUCUUUGUUCCCAGCUUAUGCAAGCCACAUUUGCCAUUCUCAUCUUUGUAUCCAUCUGAAUUUCUGGUGCAGAAAAUUACUGAAGAGAACCAAAUACCUGUGCACCUUCCAGUCUCUUCAUCUCUUCAGUAUGUGGCUGGGCUAAAGGGAAAAUCCAUUAUGGAAUUUUUCCACAGCAGCAUUGCUGAGGUAUUGUACAAUACACAGGGAAGGGACAUUCCUGAUGGUAGAGGUUCCAGAAGUCUAGGCAUGUUAUUCUGCUGCAAAAAAGCUAAAUUGUCCUCUAGCACCUUGAAAACUAACUGGUUUAUGGUGGCAUGAAUUUUCAUGCGCAAUAUAUGUUCAAGAUACAUUUUGUCUUACAUAAUAGUUUUUUCUGUGGAGGGAGAAAAUGAUAAUAGAAAUAGUGCUGAUGACUUCUGAUUUUACUAUCAUUAAUAUUAUAAGGUCAUAUGGCAAUAGAUUGGAUUUUGUAUUGCUCUAAAAUCAAAUAGACCAGACAACAGCAAGGACAAUAAAUGUAUCAUAUUUACAAGUUGCAUUUUAAAGAACGUAACUCCCACAACUCUCAACAGUUGUGAAUAUUCUGUUGUUGUUGUUGAUGAUGAUGAUUUGACCAUUUGGGUUCACUCAUCACAGCAGCAUCAAAAUUGUUAUUCCACUUCCACCAAUAGUGAGAGCUAAACUUUGGUACAGUAUAUGUAUUAACUAAUGGGCAUCUCAGUUACUUUAAAAGUCUGAAAAUGGGAACACUCUUAGGUCCAAUGGUAAUAACUCUGGAUGUUAAAGAGUAUUUCAUAAUACUGAUGGAUGCAAACCAAAACCACAAACAGUAGGAAAAUGUGGAUCCACAGGAAUUCUUGCUCCACAUGUUUAAUCAUUCCUCAGUUUGUUAUAUCAAUAGGGGAGAUUUCCAGUGGCAAACAGGCAUUCCAACUCUAUGAUUGUAUGAAUUUCUUCCCGAACUGAAGCUAUACUCUCCAGGAAUUGAAUAUGAACAUUUAGUAAAGUGGGUUAGAAAGGACUCGCAUUUUAUAACUAUUGACAAUGAAACUGCAUCCAGACACUUAAAAUAGUUGAUUAAUUGCAUUGUCAAUAUUUUAGGUGGAAAACGAAGAGCUGAGGCAUCUCAUGUGGUCAUCUGUUCUGUUUUAUAAAGCUCCUGAUAUGGAAACGACAGCUUGUGUUCUGCUCUCAACUAAAGCUAUUUACUUCUUGUUAGACGAUUCCGUGAGUCAUUCUAACGAACGCCACUUCGGUAAGGCAGAAUAUAUAAUCCCUGGCUUCUAAUAAUGUUUUCAAGGAGAAGUGAUUUUAGAUUGGAGCAACUUCCGUAUUCUUGACAUUCAUUGUACGAUGAACCAUUUUGACUAAUGAAUUAGAAUGGGUGGUAUCCUUUGGAAGGAUCCCGCUCCCCCAGAAUAAGCUCUGUGUGUGCCAUGAUUUUCCACGAAUGCAAAAAAAUGGCAUUGGGGUUAGAAGAUACAAAAAGGAGAUUCAUUACCUUUUUUCAAUGUUGAAUAAUUAUUCAAGGCCACUCUUGGAACAGAACUGCAUGCCAUGAGGCAAGGAGGUUUGGGAACACUGUGUUUUUCUUGUAAUUCUAAUGCGGGGGGGGGGGGGGUAAGGAGGCAUUUGCAAAAGAGAACUGGCAGGUGGAAAUAUAGUUCUUAAGUUUGCUGAGCUGUGAAUUCUCCCCAUAACCCUUCCCACAAGACUGUAUUCAGCUAUCUCCCCACCACCACCACCACCACCACCAGCAGCUAGCUGCAAGGGCAAAAUAUAAUUGGGGAGUGGUCUACAGAGGAGAGCAGGGAGGUUGCUGCUUGUUUAUUUUCCUUUACAAAUGCUAUUACAGUGGUACCUCGGGUUAAGUACUUAAUUCUGGAGGUCUGUUCUUAACCUGAAACUGUUCUUAACCUGAAGCACCACUUUAGCUAAUGGGGCCUGCUGCGCCGCUGCUGUGCGAUUUCUGUUCUCAUCCUGAAGCAAAGUUCUUAACCCGAGGUACUAUUUCUGGGUUAGCAGAGUAUGUAACCUGAAGCGUCUGUAACCUGAGGUACCACUGUACUCCUAUUACCUCAGCAAACAUGGGUAGGGAACCCAUUUUUGCUAGGGCAAUACAAAGUUCCACCUUUAGUAGGAGGUUAGUUCUAUUUUUUCUUAAAAAAAAAAAAAAAGUUGCACUGACUAGUGAACCUUCUCUUCUGAGAUCUUAAAACGACCUUCACAUUUCUUCUCAUAAAAUUACCAGAUUUCUUAAAUACUAUCCAAUAAUCAAUUUAACAGAUUUUUGGAGCAAUGGACAAUUGGACUAUGAAUUCAGUUCUUUCCAUCUGUCUUACUGCUUGGUCCUAAAAUUAAAUGAUCUCCACUCAGUGAACAUUGGACUUUUUGAUCAGUAUUUUCGACUUGCUGGUAAGUAAAUUUAUUUUCCAUUUCCCUUUCUCUCUUCUCCUUCUGUUCCCCUCCCACCAUCAAACUCAUAAGUUCCUGAAAAGUACCAGUGCACUGAUAGUGCCUGUAAGUCCAGUUUAUCAUAACCAUUCAGUCUUGCACACUGUAGUUCCAGUUUAUCAUAACCAUUUGGUCUUAUAUACUCAGUUAAUGAUAUUUAUCUAUAGCAUGCCUGGCAUUAGUUUAGCAUUGGCAUAGCUAAAGUUCUGCACAUUUUCAAACACUGGUGCAUCUUACUGAAAAUGUCUAGUUUUAGUAGAGACAUCUUGCCGGUAAAAGUAUGAUUUUCAAAGAAUUGUUGCCGUAUUGCCUGUACAGUGGGGCAGUGCUCAUCAGAGGUUUGGUAUUGAGUGUUUAGGAAGGAAACAGACAAACCCUGCUAAUAAAAACCUAAGAUUUGGCCCAGUGGACAUAUAGCCUCUGUUAAACAGAAAGAAAGAAAGAAACCUACACAAAAUGUUGCAAAAUUGUAAUAGCACUUGAAGCACAUUUGAUUCUGUCUUGUUUUCAGGGCGUUCAGCUGAACAUAUAUUAACUUGUCUAACCAGAGACAGUUACAGCACUCAUGCUUUUAUUCAACACCUUAUGGCAGUGCUCUCACUAUUGGCAAGGACACCAUCCCCAGAGCCAGUGGACAAAGACUUCUACUCUGAAUUUGGAAAGAAAAAUACAGGUAAAAUUUUUUGGAAACAUUUUACUUAAUAGGACCUAUAAAUAUAUUUCGCCAUACUGUUCUAGAGGAUGCAAUAUACAUUAGAUGUGUUAAGAUCCUUCUUUUUAAGAAAAAUGCAGUGCGUUUAGCACAUUAUUUGGCCAAUAAUGGAAAUUGUAAUUUGAGACCAAGGAGGAGACCACCCUUUAUCAGUAAAUUUUAUCUAUCUUUAUUAAAAAUAUAUGUAAAAGGAGGAAAACACCUGCAGCUUUUGUUAGAAUUUUAGGCUCAGGCUUCAAUCCAUUCACAGUUACUAGGGAGUAAGUCCCUUUGAACUCAAUGGUGCUGCUUUCCAAGUAUACACAUAUAGGCUGUAGUCCUGAAUAUGAAGUGUGGCAAAUGUGGAACAAUUCCCACAGACAGGCCCAUUCUAAGCUUUCAAUCUUCUGUGAAGCCAUUACAUUUGGUAGCUAGUGUAUUCUGACAUGUCUAGGCAGGUUCACUUCAGGCCCGCUUUUCCUUACCUAGAGAGGUCUGGCAGCUUGUACUUUCCCAAGUUCUUGCAUGCAGUUGUACCCUUCCUUUUCCUGAGAGUAGCCUGAGUGCAGUGGCCUUGGAGAAGAAAGAGCUGCUGGAUGCUCCUCAGUAAGUAUGGGGUGACUUCAGAUUGACACAAAUCGUUUAGCCAGGGGAUUGAACUCUUGGCAUGCCUACUUUGACAAAGCUUUCCUUCUUUUCGCAAUACAGUUUUAAUCUGUCCCUAAUUUGACUUGGAAAUCCAGACAAUUGCAGCAUGAAAAUCUGAAUUUUGAAAAUCCAGUGUGAAUAGUAUUCAAACUACCGUAUUUUUCGCUCCAUAGGACGCACUUUUCCCCCUCCAAAAAUGAAGGGGAAAUGUGUGUGCGUCCUAUGGAGCGAAUGCAGGCUUUCGCUGAAGCCUGGAGAGCGAGAGGCAUCGGUGCGCACCGACCCUCUCGCUCUCCAGGCUUCAGGAAGCUAUCCGCAAGCCUUGCAAGCCCGGUGGGAGUUCCCGCGGGCUCACAAGGCUUGCAGGCAGCAGCCUGCAGCCCCGGCGAGUGUCCGCAAACCUUGCGCGCCGGGCAGGAGGUCCUGCCGAGCGCGCGAGGCUUGGGGCAGCAGCCUGUCGCCCGAAGCACGGGGAGCCCUCCGGAGGGCUCCCCAUGCUUCGGGCGAGUGUCUGCAAGCCUUGCGCGCCCGGCAGGAGGUCCCGCCGAGCGCGCAAGGCUUGGGGCGGCAGCCUGUCGCCCGAAGCACGGGGAGCCCUCCGAGGGCUCCCCGUGCUCGGGCGAGUGUCUGCAAGCCUUGCGCGCCCGGCAGGAGGUCCCGCCGAGCGCGCGAGGCUCGGGCGGCAGCUUGUCGCCCGAAGCACGGGGAGCCCUCCGGAGGGCUCCCCGUGCUUCGGGCGAGUGUCUGCAAGCCUUGCGCGCCCGGCAGGAGGUCCCGCCGAGCGCGCGAGGCUUCGGGCGGCAGCUUGUCGCCCGAAGCACGGGGAGCCCUCCGGAGGGCUCCCCGUGCUUCGGGCGAGUGUCUGCAAGCCUUGCGCGCCCGGCAGGAGGUCCCGCCGAGCGCGCGAGGCUCGGGCGGCAGCUUGUCUCCCGAAGCACGGGGAGCCCUCCGGAGGGCUCCCCGUGCUUCGGGCGAGUGUCUGCAAGCCUUGCGCGCCCGGCAGGAGGUCCCGCCGAGCGCGCGAGGCUUGGGGCGGUAGCCUGCAGCCCGAAGCACUCGAGGCUUGGGGCGGCAGCCGCGGGGGGGGGAUUUUUUUUAUUCAUUUCCCCCCCCCAAAAAACGAGGUGCGUCCUAUGGUCCGGUGCGUCCUAUAGAACGAAAAAUACGGUAUUUAGCUCUUCACUGUAAAAUCCAGUUCAGAACUCAACCUCCUGCCACAUCUUAAGCCAUUUGUCCUGUUGGUUACAUCAUCCCUGUCUUAUAGUAAAUCAGAAUUCAGCUGGGAAUCCUUUGGGCAAUGCAGUCAGUGACGCUGAAAUCAGUAUGGAAGUUCAGCCUAAACAGAUGUAUUCAUUAAGCACUGAUUGUCGAUCUUUUCCUUUACCUGAAUGAAAAUAGAGUUAAAAAGAACAGAUACGGGUGUGUUAAUGUUAAACUACAAAAGGGCAUUCCACCCAUCAGUACAUCAUGUACAUAAAAUGACCUCUAAUGUGAGUAACUGAGAGAAUGGGGCGGGGGGGGUUAGCAAAAUAUAAGCUCAUGGUGAAGAACAUUUCUAGCAAUCCUGUUCUAAGGAUUUAGGAAAAUAAAUUGUGAUUGGGUAGAGUCUGGCGGGUUAGAAAAGGGAAGAUGCAAAAGCAGAUGGAAAUGAAUAGCCUUAAUUGUCUGAGUUUUCUUUUUCUUUUUGCUGAUCUAAACACUGUACCCAUUUAGAUUUUCCUCUUUCUCCGUCCCUGCCAUGCAAAAAGCCCAACUUAUUACAUAUACAAAAUUAACAGGAUGGAAGGAUUCCAGUCUUCUGACGCAGUACUUUUCUAUGUGCAAGAAGCUUUCCCCCACCUGCUGGCUGAAGUAGUACAAUCCCAUGACUCCUGCACCAUGUGAUUUCUUUGCAUGUGUAGAGAGGGUAUGAAUAGUGUUUCUGGCAAUGCUAAACAAGUAUAGAACUUAACUGACAAGCACAAAAAAUACCGGGGUAGAGGGGAGCAUCUGGGAUUAUGCUGACAACUGCAUUUUUAGCACUCUUCCGCACCCCCUCCUGAGUAAAUUCCAAGAAUGAAAGAGGAAGUUGAAAAGUUAGGCCAACAAAAAUGUUUACCAUCAGCAGUUAACUUCUUUUAAAAAGUUAUAUAUAAUUUAAAAUUUUAUAUAUUAUAUAUAAUAUAUAAUUUAAAAAGUUAUAUAUAAUUUAUUGAUACUUAGCAUGAGCUUAGUUUGUCUGACUAGGCCUGGGAAAAUUGUAAAUCAGAUCCCCACUCAGCCAUGAAGCUCACACUGGGUGGCCUUCGACCAGUUGCUACCUUUCAGUCUGACCUCACAGACUUGCUGUGAGGGUACAGUGAGCAAGGGAAUAACCAUGUAUACUACCCUAAGCAUCUUGGAGAAAGGGGCAGGGACUAAACUGCAAUCUUAAAAGUGAUGUAAUUUAGUAUGUUCAAAGUGCUUCCCAUACAUUAUUUCAAUGUUCCUUAAAAUAGUACUGGCCUGCUUGAUGUGAUUACCAUCAUAUUACAUGUGGGGGACUGAGGCUGAGAGGGAAUGACUUGCCUAAGACAUCUAAUGAAUGCAUGGCAGAGGUGAGAUUUGAAUCAGUGACUUCUAGUUCACUGGUGCCUAUUUUAAUAUUUGCCAGAGUAUCCACAUCACUCCAAGUUUCAGUUUGAAAGCCUGUUGUUAAUAUUACAGAUAAAAACAUUCUGUGUGACUUUUAGCCUAACUUUUUAGUUGCUUCCUUGGUAGAAUUAUUUUAAUAAGUGCAGACUAUAAAUUGUGUAUUUCUGCUUACAGGGAAAAUGGAGAAUUAUGAACUGAUUCAUUCUAGUAGAGUGAAGUUCAUAUAUCCCAAUGAAGAAGAAAUUGGGGACCUUGCCUUUCUAGUAGCAGAGAAGAUGAACUGUGUGAUUAACUUCCAGUCUCUGAAUAUACUUCUCUAUGUGCUAGCGUUUCAAGUGAAUGCUACAGAAGGGACUGCUCAAUCCAACAGCUCACUUCAACCUAAAACGCUGAUCUUAACCAGCUCGGAUAUGUUUCUUUUCAAUGAGGAUUACAUCAGUUAUCCACUUCCUGAAUUUGCUAAAGAACCGCCAAAGAAAGACAAGUAUCAACUUGCAGAUGGAAGAAGGAUCCGGGAUUUAGACAGAGUGCUCAUGGGAUAUCAGACGUAUCCGCAGGCGCUCACGUUUGUUUUUGAUGACAUUCAGAAUCAAGAUCUCAUGCAGAACCUGACCCUUGAUCACUUUGACAAUGUUCUCAGUUUUCCUAAAGGGCAGGUCACCCAGGAAGGCAGCAGCAGUCGAGAGGUCCUGUGGUGUGUCUUUAUCCCAAGUCCAGAAAGCCGCGAGAAACUAAUAUCUCUCCUUGCUAGGCAGUGGGAGAUCUUAUGUGGUCGAGAGCUACCUUUGGAGCUCACUGGGUAGUUUUAUUUUUUUCAAAUAUUUUAGUUACUGCAGAGCUGAUAGAGGUCAGGCCGAAGACUAUGAUGACUUAAAGCACAGCAUUGAUUGAAUUAAGCAGGGAUUGGCACUCUCUUCACAGAAACAUAUUACAUUGAAGUUUCCUGUGUGUUGCUGUUAUAAUUCCUUGUGCAGUGAAGAGGUUUUAAUAGUACAACCAAUCUGCUAAAACAUUAAAACUGGAAUUUUCUAAACUAUAUUUUUAUGUAACAGUACACAUUCAGAUUCCUUAUUAAGCAUCCCAGGCAACUGUAUGGAACAAAAGGAGUCAAUACUUGGCAUACUUUCAUUAGGACUGUUAUGUUUCCACUGUGGUUUUUGUACAUAUAUAUCAGUCUUGCUAUUCUAUACAAGAUAUGUAAAUAAUGGUAACUAAAAAUGCUUGAGCUAUGUCAAAGUGCAAUGUUCUUUGUUCAAGAUGUAUUUUAUUGCCUAUGCUGCUAACAAUUAUUUAAUAAUCCUUAUAAUUUUUACAUUUCAUUCUUUUAUGAUGUGUCAAAUUUAAUUUUGUUUGCUAAUCAUGAACAUGAUGGAAGAAUUCACCUAUAACUGAAAGUUACUGUUACAUCCGAUGGACACUUUUAAACAGUUGAGAAAAGUUAUCAAUUUCAGUUCACUAAUGCAGACAAAGGUUGGCCAGGAUUGGCAAUAAUUGCCCUGUUGCCAACAAAUCAAAGGAUACUUGUCAUUCAGAGCACUGUGUUUUUCUGUUGCCAAGUUUCUCAAUACAAAUAAACCAAAAUUUGUGUUUCUGACUUUCCAUGAUUUUGCUCACAGUGCAGGUCAGUUGUGCAUUUAUCUUUCUAAUGAGCCUUUAGACCUGUGUAGGAAGCCUCAAAGGCAAAGGAAAAUUUCUGAAGAGACCAUCAUAGCAAAUAAUCCAAGUCAUGGGCAGUUCCUUCCAGGGGAAGCUUUCAUAAAAGGGACUGAGCCUAUAUGAUUAUUUUGUCUAUCUGGCAUACUCAAUAAAAACCCAUUGCAAAAUG